AUGAAUUUUUUUCACAAGGCCAUCACGGCUGUAAUAUUGCUUCUCACGACUCCCGCAAUGUCAAUGAUGCCUAUGAGGGAUGGGAGUACCGGGUACCCAGUACCGGUGCAGGACCACAGAUUAUGGUUCUCUUGUAGAGGAGUCAACUACGAAAACGAGUACCUUUUUAGGGUUUUGAAUCACGCUUAUGGACUUAUGUCUAGUUAUGCUACCUAUCCGGUACCUACAGAGAGGGUAAUUUAUGAGAGAAGGGGACCGUAUUAUCUAUUCCCUCUCCUUCAAAAUAAACAAAUAUACGAUUUAGGUACUACUUCGGGCCAUUAUUUGAUAUUUAAUAUCGAUAAAGAGAUUAUGGGUGGAUUUAUAAUGAUUCAGCACAGCUAUAAUCCUCAAACCACCGUGUGUGUAUAUCCGAAUGGACUAAGUUAUUUACCUCGAAAUUGGUAG